AUGGCGGUAGGCUUGUCCGUUGAGAGCUAUCGUAAGAGCGUCCAACGGUUCCUCGAUGCCGUUGACUUUGACGUUCCCUUUGAGUCUCCCAGGCAAGCUGUUCUGGACGAGUCCCUCGCGAGGCUGAGAUGCCUUCCGGGCUGGCAGGAGAAGGAGGCUCGCUGCAUGAGGGUCGCCUACGGCGUGGUCCGGCUGAUCAUACCCUACCUCUGCGACAAGGUGCAGGUCGAGGUGACGGUGUUCUACGCCCUGGGCGUCAUCAUAGACGACGACCCGCUCCGAUACAUGGACGGCAUCGUCUUCCACGGAGGCCGCCUGGUGGAGUCGGACCACGUCGGCUACCAUUACGCAAAGGGCGUAUUUGACGCCAUCGAGGCGCUGAGCGAAUGGUACGAGCCCUUCAUCAUCUCGACGCUGUGGAGGUCCUUCUUCCAGUGGAUGGUCUUUCUCCCCCACGAGACGCGCCACGCCAAGGCCCUGGCAUCGGUGCGCAGCAUGCAGUUCAUCGACUACAUGCGGCAGCUGCUGGUCGUCUCGGACGCAACCAGCUGCGUCGUCUUCACAAAGGACAUUCCGUGGAGCGAGUACAUCCACCACAUCCCCGGCAUGAACCUGCUGGUGCAGGAGGCCAACGACCUGCUGUCGUCGUACAAGGAGCUGAUUGUCGGCAAGGACGUCUGCUCCGUCAUGAUCCAGCGGCAAAAGUUCCGCAACAAGCCCAUUGAGGAGGUGAUUGAGGAGAGCUGCGACGUGUGCAUCGAGACCAUAAAGGGUCUCUACUCGUCGCCGGGGUCCGACGAGCUGAAGAUGCGGCUGCGCCAGUUUGUCGCGGGCUACGUGCAGUUUUACCUGGACGUCGACCGCUAUCGGUUGAAGGAGCUGCUCUACGGGGAGGCUCGAGGCGAGUUCUAG